AUGGCCAAAAAGGUCUGGAAUUUGGUUCGUGUCGUUUAUUUCCUUCUCCGUAAAGGCAUCUCCAAGAGCAAGCUCAUGCUCGACCUCAAUCUCAUGACCAAGCGCGGCAAACUCGCCGGCAAAGCCAUCAGCAACCUCAUGUUCCACCACCACUACCACGCCGCCGCCGCCUCCCCUUCCUCCUCUCCUCCUACCUCCGCUGGUCAACUCCCCUUCCCUGUCGGCGCCGACGAGUACGAAUUCAGCUGCAGCAAUAGCCCCGCCUUCCCUGCCUUCCACGUCGGCAAGCGCCGUCGUAACCAAAACCACAACUCCUUCUUCGCGUGUGCUCACGCGCCUGACACACUCGACGAUGACGCAGCUGCAGUUAAUGCCGUUAAUGCCGUUGUCGAGAUUCUGAAUAACCACACCGGCGCGUCCUCGACACCACCAAUCCCAGCCUCCCCUGCUCUCCCCGGAUUUGGCCCGACUCCCAGGAGAGUCCGUCAGCUUAGGAUAACCGACUCGCCGUUUCCUCUACAAGACGCUAACGCCGAUCCGUUAGUUGACAAAGCGGCCGAUGAAUUCAUCAGCAGGUUUUACAAGGAGCUCAGGCUCCAAAAAACCGCCGACGAGAACUGA